UUUUCAUGUUUAGAUAGGUAUAUCUGUAUCUUGCCCUGGUAUAUAACUUGAGAAGCUGCAUCUGUAUCAUGUUUUAAUAUUUUAGGUAUGGAUCCUAUUGCUAAGCGAUUCAUGUGGGAAGUUAUAUCACGCUUAUCGACCAGACGAGGAAAGACUGCUGUCAUUCUAACCACCCACAGCAUGAGUGAAGCUCAAGCUCUUUGCACAAAAAUUGGAAUAAUGGUUGGAGGCAAGCUAAGAUGCAUUGGGAGUCCCCAACAUUUGAAAAAUAGAUUUGGGAAUCAUCUCGAACUAGAGGUUAAACCUACGGAAGUUGACUCCUUGGACUUGGAAAUGUUGUGCCAAAUAAUUCAAGAGAAGCUCUUUGACAUUCCUUCUCAUCCGAGGAGUAGUAUACUGAACGACCUGGAAGUAUGUAUUGGCGGCAUCGACUCCAUAACAUCCGAGAAUGCAUCAGCAGGAGAGAUCAGUUUAUCAGAAGGAAUGAUUGUGAGAAUUGGACGAUGGCUUGGCAAUGAAGAAAGAGUGAAGGCUCUUGUUUCUGGAAAUAAUGAAUCUUGUGGGGCUUUUGGCGAACAGUUAUCAGAGCAGUUGGUUCGUGAUGGUGGCAUUCCUCUGCCAAUAUUUUCAGAGUGGUGGUUAACCAAAGAAAAGUUUGCAGUAAUUGAUUCUUUCAUCCAAUCUUCAUUUCCGGGUGCAACGUAUCAAAGUUGCAACGGGUUGAGCGUUAAAUAUCAGUUGCCAUACGGAGAAGACCUCUCGCUCGCAGACGUUUUUGGGCACAUAGAAAGAAACAGAAAUGAACUUGGUAUAUCGGAGUACAGCCUCAGUCAAUCUACGCUCGAAACAAUAUUUAACCAUUUUGCUGCGAAUCCAUGAGGAACUGCCGCCUUCGCAUAUUCUGAUCCGACAUCGGAAAAAAUUUCGAGGGGAUACGAUUUCUCAUGAAACGUUCGCCAAUUUUUUGUAAAGUGUUAUGUUGUUUAUUGAGUGAUACAAGUUGACGUACAUAGUGGAUGAGUAAAUAGGUUGUGUGAUGUACAAUAUUGAUUGGCUCUAAGUAACAUCAUUUUUUCGCCUUUAUUUCGUGUAAAAAUCCCGUACUUACACGAUGUAGUAAACCGUUUGGUUAGGGAUAUAGAAAUCGGGAUUUUUGAGGCGUUGAUGAUGUUUGUUUUUA